AUGGGAUAUGAACUCAGUCUGCGUUCCAGCUCUGGCCGAGAGCGCGCGCACACACGUACGCACGCAUGCCCGGGGACGCGCACGCACGCCCCGGCCUACGCCAGGCCCGCGAAUCCCGAGGCGACCGGGCUUUGGUUGUCUAGGCUUCCUGAGGUAGUGCCCCUGAAGGCGGGGAACGUAGAAGAGGCCGACGUGGGCGCCGAGGAAUCGGUCGCCGAAGAGGACGCGAAGGACUCGGGCGCCGAGGAGCCCGGCCCGGAAGAGUCCGACGCAGAGGAGUCGGGCGCUGAGGAAAACAUGGAGGCGGGGCAGCGGCGGCCGGUGCUGCGCUCGGUGAACUCGCGCGAGCCGUCCCAGGUCAUCUUCUGCAACUACAGCCCGCGUGUCGUUCUGCCCGUGUGGCUCAACUUCGACGGCGAGCCGCAGCCCUACCCGACGCUGCCGCCGGGCAAGGGCCGCCGCAUCCACAGCUACCGAGGUCAUCUUUGGCUCUUCAGAGAUGCAGGGACAUAUGAUGGGCUUCUCGUUAACCAAACUGAAUUAUUUGUGCCAUCUCUCAAUGUUGAUGGACAGCCUAUUUUUGCCAACAUCACGCUGCCAGUGUACACCCUGAAAGAGCGGUGCCUCCAGGUUGUCCGAAGCCUAGUCAAACCUGAGGACUAUAGGAGAUUAGACAUCGCCAGAUCACUCUAUGAGGAUCUGGAAGACCACCCGAAUGUGAGGAAAGACUUGGAGCGUCUGACACAGGAACAUAUUGAAAAUCAGCGGAUGAAAGAGGAGACUGAAGAUUUUCAUUGGGAUUUGCACUCCUAAGUCUCUGCUUUCGAUGAUACUGACUGGUCUUGAUUCAGACAUUGGACUGGGCACAUAUACUCAAUUUCCCAAUGUCUCAUUCUAGGAGUAAAAUGUGCUCCAUUGCUUAAAUGAAGGUUAGCCGACUUCACUAGGCAUUGUGGGGCUUCUGGGUAAAAAUCACAAAAUUCUAUGUCAUGUCUGCUCUUUCUAGAAGUAUUUAUCAGGAGAAAGUAGUUUCGUUUUUGCCUCCUACUAAGUCAGGAAAGUUUCCGUGUAAGGAUUUUUGUGUAAUUCAGUGAGAAUUGCGGCAUAUCCUUUAAUUGUAAGAAAGAGGUGGCAUCUGCUGCUUUUAAUUGCUGUAUUGUGGUUGGUUAUGUGUCUGCCUCCCGGCUUUGGGGACACUGAGAUGUCCUUGAGGCAGGGACAAGUCUUUCUCCUUUUUGAGACCCCAGUGCCUAGCACAUUAUGAGCCUUUAGUCAUCGUUGACUGAUGGAUACUGCUUUAGUAGAAAGUGUUGGAGGUUUUGUUUGUUCUUCCCUUUUUUUUUUUCUUCCAUAAGUGUGUAAACAAAUGUCUUGAAGGGAAUCAUUUUUAUAGAAAGCACUUUUUAUCAUUUUUAAAAUUUUGUGUUUUUCUCUGUCCACUAUUGUUGCAGUACAGUGUUAUUUCUGUUUCUAAUCCGUGAUUGGCAUUCUACAGUUACUGUGAUACUGGCUUUUUUGUAAUUUGACAUCUGCACAGAAAAUGGGAGAAAUAGCAGUCCUCGUGUUUAAUUCUAGUGUUAAGGAGCUUCUGUACCGUAAGUAAGUUUUUGCCAAGCGUGGGAAUUUCUAUUCCUUUUUGUAAGGCCACGGCAUUUCCAUUUAAUUCCAGAAUUUUUUAUCAGGCAGGAUCUAGUGAUACUUUUCAUUUAGCUGGAGCGAAGGCUGAAGCACUCCAGUCUCUGGCAGGUUACUCGUCCUAACACACAGUGAACUAACUCAUGGAGUAGCCUGGGAUGUUGUAUAGUUUUGUAAAUGGACAAAUCCUUUCUCAUAGGCUGGACUUAAAUUAUUUAACUCAAAUUCAAUACUUCCAUCCAACUUCAUAUUUUAUAACUAACAGUUAACAAAAAACUUGGAAAAGACAGAAAACUAAAGGAAAGAAAAUCUGUCACCAUAGAUAUACAACUGAAAUACAAUCACUAGUAACAUUUCCAACUAUUUCAGCCUUUCUAUGGCAUGUUUUGGUUGGUUUGUUUUUAUAUAGUUGAAUGAUACUGUAUAUACAGUUUUGUAUUCUGCUUUUUCAUUUAACUUUGGAAAGUAAAUAUUUUCCAUGUGAUUAUAAGCUUUACAUAAGCAUUAAUUACUACAGUCAUCCUUUUAUACUUAAAUGUUUGGAAUAUUUUUUGACAUCUCUUUAGUUCCUUAUGCUAACCAUAGGCACAAUCCUGUGUUCUGAAAUCAGAGUGAAAGGAAUGAAACAAACUCCCACACUUUUUCCAGUACACUGUAAAUUUCAUGGAAUCUUAUUCCCUCCCCUUAAACAUUCAACAAGUAAGUUGACCCCUUUUUUUUUUUUUAAGCAUGCUGCAGUAAUUCUCAUUCCAUGACACACCUCUAAGUAUCUUAAUUUUUUUGUUGAAAGGGAAGAAAUAUGGAGCAAGAGAGUUUGUGUGCUGGGAUAGAAAGCAGCUACAUGAGUUUCGGAGUCAGGUAGGGUAAGGAAUUGAAGGAGGUCUGCUGGUGCCGGAUUAAUUCAACCUUGGUUUUUUUUUUUUAAACCUGUCUUUGUAUGAAAAUGACAUUUCAUGUUCCUCUUGUUAAGAUGUGCAGUGUGAAUACUGUGGGGUUCUUUUUGUCUAUGUGUCUUGUCUAAGGAAGAUUGAAAACCUGUAGCAUGUAUAAUGACUUUUUUUAUUUGAAAUUUUGUGAUUCUAUUAAAUGUAUCACUCUUAAGAGAUUGAUGUUUCCUAUCUCCAUUAAAAAAAAAAAAAAAAGAAG